AUGAUACAGAGAGUCCACGCUGUUGCUAUGAAUCCUCUUUAUACCGUUCGCGCGGCCGCGCCGCGGCGAGUCUUUGCCAGAGCCUCUAUCCGAACCUACGCCAGCCAAACACCCGGCAACCCCAUGCUUGAAGUAUUCAACCGCAAAACAAAGCAUCUUCAAAAGGACCGUGCAGCACAGAAUGUCGAGGAAAGCAGGAAAGUCGACUACUUGAAAGAUGAGGUAGCAAUGCGAUUAUGCGAGCGGUUACUGGACAUCAAACGCGAUUUCCCCCAAGUACUUGACCUCGGCGCAAACAGCUGCAACAUUGCGCGGGCACUGACCAUGCCUAACCUCGACACGGCCGCUCCGGAAGGCACAUUGACGCCGCCGCUGGCAGAGCGCAUACAAAAGCUGACGUGCGUAGAGACAUCGCGCGCUCUCCUCCACCGGGACGAAGACCUUCCGUUCAAUAAAGAGAUCGAUCUCACCCGCGACACUUGGAGACGCUUCCCCUAUGCACCCAACUCGUUUGAUGCAGUCUUGUCGUCACUUUCAAUCCACUGGGUCAAUGACCUACCUGCGCUGCUUGCGCAGGUCAAUACCAUUCUUAAGCCUGACAGCCCUUUCAUCGGAGUGAUGUUUGGUGGGGACACGCUCUUUGAGCUACGAGGGUCAAUGCAGCUGGCUGAUCUCGAACGCCGGGGUGGUGUGAGCCCGCACGUCUCGCCACUGGCGGAUGUGAAGGACGUCGGCAGCCUUUUGACCCGCGCUGGGUUCAAGAUGCUUACGGUUGACGUGGAGGAUAUUGUCGUGGAAUUUCCGGAUACAUUUGCUCUCAUGCAAGAUCUGCAGGCUAUGGGCGAGAGCAAUGCUAUCAUGCAUCGAGAGGCUGGUCCCUUGUCGCGCGAUGUGCUCCUAGCCAACGAGGCUAUCUAUCGAGCUUUGCACAUGGAGGACGGGGCCCCGGGCAUCCCGGCAACUUUCAGAAUGAUCUACAUGAUCGGCUGGAAGGAGGGGAAGGACCAGCCCCAGCCUUUACAGCGUGGUACUGGUGAUAUCAACUUGACGGAAGUACUGGGCGGUGGAGAUUUCUCCAAAAAAUGA